UACGCGCUGUCUUGCUGGUCUACAACGCAUAACAUUAGCUACUGACAACAAUGGCUAACAUAUGUCAGAUUUGGAGACCGGACCGAGGGCGAUAUUUUAAAACUCACGGAAUUAUUAUCCUCUUGUUCAUGGACCUGCUUUUGCAAUGUGUUCAUGGGUAUCUGAAUUCUCCCCAUGUUGGUCAAGACCCUCCAUUCACCAGAGAUGCCCAGCACGGCCCUGUGAUUACGAGCCCCGUGGUACCUACAACAACUUCCGCCUCCCCAGCAGCUGAAGAGAGCUAUACCGCUAAAUGUCCAAGUGGGGGUCUGUGCAGUCGGCUUCCAGCUGACUGCAUUUAUUGCAAUUAUCACCACAACUGCAGCUAUGGCAAGCCAGCCUCCUUCACCUGCAAACCCAGGAAAGGGGUUCACUGCAUUGGGGAAUCUGGACAGCAGCUAAAUAACUUCUCUCUCUCCAUCACCUGUCAGUUCUGCUGGCAGCUGGACCCGUCCCAGUACAGGUGCUCCAACUCCACUAGCUGCAUGACUGUCUCCUGUCCUCGCAAGCGCUACAAUGCUACCUGUGAAGUGCUAGACCAUGUGCAUUGCUUAGGUAGAAGAGUUUUUCAGAAACGGUUAUUCUGCAAUUGGACUGGAGGAUACAAAUGGUCAACAGCACUGGCACUCAGCAUUACACUUGGUGGUUUUGGGGCAGACCGGUUUUACUUGGGGCAGUGGCGAGAAGGCCUGGGCAAAUUGUUCAGCUUCGGUGGCCUUGGUAUCUGGACCCUGAUCGAUGUGCUUCUAAUAGGAGUCGGUUAUGUCGGGCCUGCAGAUGGUUCUCUCUACAUCUGAGACAGAAGGCUCUUUAAGGUGUGAUUGGACCGUCAGUGCCCUCUUACACCUCUCCUUCUUGACUCCCAGUGAGCAGAGAUCCAAGACAUUGUGUUAUUAGCACGUCUGUCUGCCCUGGCUCCCCCCGCAACAGAUCCUUGUCCCAUCUGCUAGCAGGCUGGAAGCGUUUUCCUCUCAUCGCACACAGGAUGACUGUAAACCACAUGACCAUCAGAUCAAUCACAUUUAUCCAAAACUUGUCUGCUGUCCAGAAGAAAGUGUACUGAGAGAUGCAAAGACCUCAAGUAUGUUUUAUGUGGAUGUUAAGAGCUGGUGGUUCUGAGCUAACUACGGUUAAAUUUGGUCAUGCUGAUAGACUAUAGAUAGGUUUGGUUUCUGUGGAGCAGGGCUCUCGGAGACAUCCUGUCACCUUAGAACCCUGUGGUGUUCCUCUUUUACAUCAGGGUAAAUGCACGGGGGGGGGUUAAACAGUAGCCAUGGCAACAGAGCAUUUGCAUCAACGCCAUAAUGAGUAUGUUGAAAGGUAUUGUUUCCGUCAAGCAAAAAAAAAAAAAGUAAAAUAAACUUGAUGGGAUAAGCUUGGGUGUUUUACAGACAGGAAUGACUUUCGUACCAGCUACAAACAGACUCAGUGGUAAUGUUGCAUGUCUUCUGGAUAAACUCCAAUAAAUGUGAUAAAUAAGAUAUCUGAUAGUUAUUACCCUGACUGAGGGUUUUUCCUCCUACAUUCUUUCGGCAGUGGCACCACAUAAUAGGAAAAUUGCCUCAACACCUAAACAUCGAAAAAGUUAAGAGUUAUGUUGUUUUAUCAGCCCAGUAUUGCAACAAGUGCUGGGCCAAUAUGAUGAAAAAGACCAGGAGAAAGCACACAGCCAGGAGCCAAAGUUACCCUCACUAUCCGCUAUGAAACGAAAAUAGAAGGAACACUUAAAUAACUGUCUCUCCCAUAAUCACUUUGGCUGUGUUCUACAUAAAGCAAAUUUAUACAAUUUAGUAUAUUAACACUACAUGUUCCCACAGCUUGUCCAGCAAAAUCCAUGCUUUCAAGUAAUUUUACCCAGUCUGUUUCAUCCCUCGUUUUUUAUUCUUCAUACUGCCCCAUCCAUAUGCUCACAGUGUAAGAUACCAUUAAGAAUAUGUUGCACAAGUUUGCUCUCACUUGCUGUAAAUGUAUUAUUUUGAAUCUUGUGCAUUGUUGUAUAUUACAAUUUUUAAAGAUAUAAAUAAAAAUUUGAA